AAAAAUUUUUGUUUCCAUUUAGCACUGCAGUGUUGGCGGCGUGUUGGCAGAAACUUUUUGCUACGAGUGGAGGCUAUGUCGCGUCGCGCACGAAUUAAUUAUUAAUCAAAAGAAUUUAAGUGUGCUGGUGCAAGUCUUCCAGAGAUUUUCCCUUUGGUUUAAUAAUAACGAAGGUCGCAGUUUUUCAAAAACAAAUCAGAGGGAACUGUUGAAUAUAUCUGGAAUUGGUCCGGGAAUGAGUUUUCCGAGGCGAAACUGGACCUGGAAUUCGAAGUCACCAAGGACUUCUGAUCUUUUUUAAAAGGAUGCUGCAAUAGAAACUCUGGAAACCGAAGUCAAAGGUCAAACCUAAGGCUAGCAUGAGCGAGAGUGCAAGGGAGACACAUAGACAGACAGCUAGAGAGAGGGAGACGAGACGAGAGGAGCUCCCAUAUGUGCCAACAACAAUUGCAACAAAAAUAACAACAUUUCACGCUUGAGGGAGCGAUAAAAGUCUGAUAACGAUUGAUAAACCACAACAGCAACAACACAAUACAGCUACAGUUUUAAACAUAAGAAAACCCAAUCCCUACAUCAACAUAUCGUCGUCUAAAAGCUAAAACAGGGUACUAAACCAAGAUAUUAGUUCCACAUCAUCAAAAUACAAUCCCGUAUCGCCAAAACUCCGCAGUUAACCCCCAGGACUAUAGCCUAGGCACCAACGAUAGUUAACAGAGAUUAGAAACAAUCAUGACUUUCUCGACCUUCACACGCAAAAUGCGCGGGCGCAUGCGCUCCAAUACCUGCCGGAUCGUCCUGCUCACCUCGCUCGUCUGGGUGAUCUUCGACUUUGUCCUCAUCGCCCGCUACUCGGAUUGCAUUGGCAAGGAUGGAUGGCGCUGCAAGAGAUCCGGGGAGUACGACGUGGAGUUACCCAAUGCCGAACGCCUGGUGGACGACAAUCAGCUGGUAGAUGAUAAUGAGAUCAAUACGGAGAAAUCCCUAGAUGGUGAGUCGGGUGGAGCUCUCAUCAUGGGUCAGGGCUUUGCGUCGGGCGGCAUUUCCAUGACCUAUCCCAGCGUGGUGCUAAAGAAGUGGUUCCUCGCGCCCUCCGUCCAGGAGGCCAAGGGCAAACCGGGCGAGAUGGGCAAGCCGGUGAAAAUACCCGCUGACAUGAAGGAUCUCAUGAAGGAGAAGUUCAAGGAGAACCAGUUCAAUCUGUUGGCCAGUGACAUGAUCUCGUUGAAUCGCUCGCUGACCGAUGUGCGGCACGAAGGUUGCCGUCGCAAACACUAUGCCUCCAAGCUGCCCACCACUUCCAUUGUGAUAGUUUUCCAUAAUGAGGCCUGGACAACCCUGCUGCGAACCGUUUGGAGUGUUAUCAAUCGGUCGCCGCGUGCCCUGCUCAAGGAAAUCAUUUUGGUGGACGAUGCCAGCGAAAGGGACUUCCUGGGCAAGCAGUUGGAGGAGUAUGUAGCCAAGCUCCCGGUAAAGACGUUUGUCCUGCGUACAGAGAAGCGAUCCGGAUUGAUUCGGGCACGUCUCCUGGGAGCUGAGCAUGUAAGUGGCGAGGUAAUCACCUUCCUGGAUGCCCAUUGUGAGUGCACGGAGGGAUGGCUGGAGCCGCUGCUGGCGCGGAUUGUGCAGAAUCGUCGAACGGUUGUGUGCCCCAUCAUUGAUGUGAUUUCCGAUGAGACAUUCGAGUACAUCACGGCCUCGGAUUCCACGUGGGGUGGUUUCAACUGGAAGCUCAACUUCAGAUGGUACCGAGUGCCGUCGCGAGAAAUGGCGCGCAGGAAUAACGAUAGGACUGCCCCAUUGCGCACACCGACAAUGGCCGGUGGUCUGUUCUCCAUCGAUAAGGAUUACUUCUAUGAGAUUGGUUCCUACGACGAGGGCAUGGACAUCUGGGGCGGCGAGAAUCUGGAGAUGUCGUUCCGUAUUUGGCAGUGCGGAGGCAUUUUAGAAAUAAUACCCUGCUCCCACGUGGGUCACGUGUUCCGUGACAAAUCGCCGUACACCUUCCCCGGCGGCGUGGCCAAAAUUGUGCUCCACAAUGCGGCCCGGGUGGCCGAAGUUUGGCUGGACGAGUGGCGUGAUUUCUAUUAUUCGAUGAGCACAGGAGCUCGCAAAGCUUCCGCGGGCGAUGUUAGCGAUCGUAAAGCUCUGCGUGAUCGCCUCAAGUGCAAGAGUUUCCGCUGGUAUUUGGAGAACGUUUACCCCGAGAGCCUAAUGCCUUUGGAUUAUUACUAUCUUGGAGAGAUCCGCAAUGCGGAAACGGAAACCUGCCUGGACACGAUGGGCAGGAAGUACAACGAGAAGGUGGGCAUUAGCUAUUGCCAUGGACUGGGCGGAAACCAGGUGUUCGCCUACACCAAGCGACAGCAGAUCAUGUCCGACGAUCUGUGCCUAGACGCAUCCAGCUCGAAUGGACCCGUCAACAUGGUGCGAUGCCACAAUAUGGGCGGCAAUCAGGAGUGGGUCUACGAUGCGGAGGAGAAAUGGAUUCGCCACACGAAUACUGGGCAGUGCUUACAGCGCGCCACUCGGGACGAUGCCAACACGCCGCUGCUGCGACCCUGCAGCUACGGAAAGGGCCAGCAGUGGCUGAUGGAGUCCAAGUUCAAGUGGCAGGCUCACUAGCUGGAUGAGGCACCGGCUCGCCACCCGACUACAACUAAACUCAACGGAUCCUACUAACUAUACUGAGAACUUCCAAUUUAUGUUUAAUCCCCCCUGCUCUGGCUCUUGUUUUUGACGUUACCUUGUAGCCUAAGUUUAUUCAGAUCCUAAGUUCUCUCUAUGCAAAAGUAUCUCUCUCUGUGUGCGUGAAUGUGUUUGCCGCCGAAGAAUUCUUCUGGCGGCAGGAUGUCUUCCCAAAAAAAAAAACUAGAUGCGCGUGUGUGAGUGCGUGAGAGUCAAUACUAAAAUUUAGAUUAUCUGUUUACAUGAUAUGCAUGUAUAUGUGUUUAUAUAGGCAGGCAGUUCUACGAUUUAUCUAGGUAUACGUAAUUGUAAAGUAAAUUUACAUUAGCUUCGACCAAGUACCAAUAAAUUGGCAUUUAACUGACGUUUUGUGCUUCACAGAAUA